CUUCUUCUAUUUUGCGUGUUUUAGUUUAAAAACCAAACCAAACCAAACCAGUUCCAUAACGUUCAAACCCAAAACACCAUCGUUGUCAACAAACAUUGUUGUCUUCUCCGCAAAACUAACCAUGGAAACCACCAUGUGCUUCAACAAUGGGAUCGUUCCCUCGAUCCCGAUCGGCGGCUCUGUGGACGCACGCGCCAACCCUUCUCAGGUCAGCGCGAUGGGGCGUUCAGCGGCGGAGAAACCGAAACCGCCGCAAAAGUCGUUGUUCUCGAGAUUCUCGUUUAGGUAUCCUUUAGAGUCUCUCUGGCCGCGGGGAGCUCGGGACGGCGGGUUUAGUGGGCUGGCCUUAGACGACGCUGUUUUGGUGGAGGACGGUGAAGAAGAGAAGGCUGAAAGAGAUGAUGAAAGGGAGGGUGGGAACUGGGUUUUGAAGAUUUUGCAUGUGAAGUCGGUGUGGAAGAGGGAACAGGGGAACGGUGGUGAUGAGGAGAAUCAAGGAGAAGGUACAGCCAACGAUCACAGGAAUGAGGAUGAGGAGGUGUGUUGUGAUGGUUGCAUGGUUGAUCAAGAUGAUGACGAAAAAGAAGAAGAAGAAGAAGAAGAAGAUGUUCAGUUUGAUAGAGACUCGUUUUCCAGAAUGUUACGGAGGGUGUCUUUGGCUGAAGCUAGAUUGUAUGCGCAGAUGUCACACUUGGGGAGCUUGGCCUACUCUAUUCCCAAAAUCAAGCCGGGGAAACUCUUAAAACAUUAUGGUCUGCGUCUUGUAACUUCAUCAAUAGAGAAGAAGGAAUUGGCUGCAGCAGCUGAAAAAACUCCUCAGGAAGGUGAAACUAAUGAGAAGGCAGAAGAUGAGAAUGAAACAAAGGAGGCGAAGAACGGUGGAUCCAAGAUAAGUGCAUCUGCUGCUUACAACAUUGCUGCCUCUGCUGCAUCUUAUCUUCAUGCUCAGACUAGGAGCAUACUCCCAUUCAAAUCUUCAACUGCUGCGGAUGGUAAAGGUUCCCCUGAAGGAAGCAAUGAAAGCCUUAGUGGUGUUAACAUGUUAAACACAGAGUUCGGAUCUUUGAUGGCAACUACUGAUUCAGUGACAGCAGUGGUUGCAGCAAAGGAGGAAGUAAAGCAGGCGGUUGCAGAUGAUCUAAACUCAAUUCGUUCAUCACCCUGCGAAUGGUACAUAUGUGAUGAUGACCAGAAUGGUACAAGGUUCUUUGUUAUUCAGGGUUCUGAGUCAAUGGCAUCCUGGCAAGCAAACCUUCUUUUUGAGCCGGUUAAAUUUGAGGGGUUGGAUGUCCUUGUGCACAGAGGUAUUUACGAGGCUGCUAAAGGGAUAUACCAACAGAUGUUGCCAGAAGUUCAUUCUCAUCUAAGAGCAAAAGGUUCUCGUGCAACUUUCCGUUUCACAGGGCAUUCUCUUGGUGGAAGCUUGGCGUUACUUGUAAAUCUCAUGCUCUUAAUACGACAAGAAGUGUCAAUCUCCUCUCUACUUCCGGUGAUAACUUUUGGUUCCCCAUCCAUCAUGUGUGGAGGUGAUAGUCUCCUCGGCAAGCUAGGUCUACCACGGAGUCACCUUCAGGCAAUUAUGAUGCACAGAGACAUAGUACCACGAGCAUUUUCCUGCAAAUAUCCUGACCACGUCGCAAGACUGUUAAAGGCUGUCAAUGGGAACUUCCGUGACCAUCCUUGUCUCAAUAACCAAAAGUUACUAUAUGCACCAAUGGGUGAACUGCUGAUUCUACAGCCUGAUAAGAAGUUUUCACCAAGCCAUGACCUCCUGCCAUCAGGCAGUGGUCUAUAUAUCUUGUGUUGUCCUUUGUCAGAAUCCAAUGAUGCAGAGAAGCUGCUCCGAGCCGCGCAGUUGGAGUUCUUGAACUCGCCUCAUCCACUUGAGAUAUUAAGUGACCGAUCUGCUUAUGGAUCUGAAGGAUGCAUACAAAGAGAUCAUGACAUGAAUUCCUACUUAAUCUCCGUGAGAACCGUGAUUCGCCAGGAACUUAACCAGAUCCGUAAAGCAAUGAGAGAACAGCGGCGGAAGGUGUGGUGGCCUCUGGUGUUGCCACGCGGAAUCGAUGCCAACAUUGUUGUUGGUAGAUCCAUGGUGUCAGUCAAUGUGGGUGGUCAACGCCAGUCCUCAUUCUCUGGCAUGAUACAGAUAGGAAGAGAGUCCUUGAAAAGGUUCAGCAGACUUGUUGCAUCUCAACAUAUGCAUUUGUUUGUGCUACUAUUAUUCCCUGCAAGGUUGUUACUUUUGGGGGCAUAUAACGUGAUUAGCUUCAAAUGAAUCAUUAUUGAAGAGGGAAAGAAAGGGAAGGGACAGUUGUAUAUAGGGUGUGACCACAUGGUUUGUAGUAGGACAUUAGAUGAUUCUUUAUUCUUUUAUUUCCAAAGUAAAAUGUAGUAUCUCUCAUGAAUGGUGCUUGUAGAAGGAUGUUGCUCAAAUAUUAACACAUAAAUUUAAUUAGUUGAGGUUAUUGUUAUUGCCUUCAAGUAAUGCUUAUGUUGUUGCCUUCAAUCCCUGAGAAA